AUGGCACAGGAUAUGCGUGCACUGCGACAAUAUGUGACGGCGAUGGAUGGACAUCAGUAUGACAAUGUUCCGGAAACUGUUGUUUGUCUCCUUAUUACGCAUAGCAACCUUAAGCUGCAGAUGGUCGAUAUUCGGCUGGAUCUUCACAGCACCAUCGGUGAAUUACGACACAAAUUGUACCAGCAUACCGGCAGUAAACCAGACGCCAUGGAGUUGCUUAUAAUGCGAAGUGAUGGAUCUGUACACGCUCAUCUAGAAGAUGACAAUAAAAUGCUUGGAUUUUAUAAUGUGGAGAAUGGUUUGCGGUUGCACAUUGUGGACAAAGAUCCAUAUUCACUGUCGAGAAGAGGCGGCCUCGAGGACGUCUCGCUUGUAAAAAAAUACGAGAUGUCUGAGGAGGAUUACAAUAAGCGCGAGAAGACUGUGCGGGCUUACAAAAAGGAGCAGCUUGCCAAAGACCCUAACUGGAAGCCUAAAACCAUGAUGAAUGUCUCUCAUACAGCAGCAGAUCCUAUUACUCGACCAGGCCCCGAAAGUGUUGCAAAUAUGAAAGUGGGUGACCGAUGUGAAGUGCAACCGGGUGGUCGCCUCGGACAAGUACAGUAUCUUGGGGAAGUUUCGGAGAUCGCUCCAGGCUACUGGGUUGGGGUACAAUUUGAUGAACCUGUUGGCAAAAGUGAUGGCAGCGUCAAAGGUAAAGCCUAUUUUCGAUGUCAGCAGAAGUAUGGUGGCUUUGUGCGCCCGCACAAUGUGACAAAUGGCGAAUUUCCGGUGCUUGACCCUUUCGCAGACUUGUCAGACUCUGACGAUAAUGAGCUGUAG